CAUCACAGCAGCCAGCUUUUACGGUGCUGCAUCCUCCCAAACAACUUCCCAGACAACCACAUAACUACCAUAACCACCAUCACUAUGCGCUUCUCAACCGUCAUUGCUACUGCCCUCGCGGCUUUCUCCAAUGCCUCCCCUUGCCUUGCGGGUGCACCUGAGCCCGUCAUCUGCGGCGGAAACGGUUACGUCGGUGCCACGAAUACCCCUUGGUACAAGAAGUCCCAGGCCGAGGGCACCAUCGAGGGCUGCUUCAACUCCUGCACUGGCGGCUGCAAGGCCAUCAGCUUCGACACCCAAUACAAGACGUGCUACUUUUACACCGCCGAAGUUUCCAAGAUGCGCCUCUACCAGGUCACCAACUCGCCCAUGACAUUCCACUACUUCGACCGAGCUUGCGUCGCGGACGCUGUAGGAAAGACCUGUGGCGCCACUGGCUACGUCGGAGCCACGAAUACCCCCUGGUACAAGAAGUCGCAAGCUGAGGGUAACAUGAAGAACUGCCUCGAUGCCUGCCGUGGUGGAUGCAAGGCUGUCAGCUUCGACGUCAAGUACAAGACCUGCUACUUCUAUACUGCCGAGGUCUCGAAGAUGCAGCUUUACACUGUUUCUUCGCCCAUGAGCUUCUACUACUUCGACCGAGCCUGUGGCCAUGAAGUUACUGAGACUGCCAAUGUCUAAUUUAGUCAUGUUACCGUUGACAGUUGACCUCAACUCUUGUCUUUCAUUCUAGUGUUGGGGCGUGUUCAAUACGAUGUCGGCGAGGGCUACGAAGCUACGUGCUACAAUACUGCCAGCAAGCGAUGUUGGUUAUACGGGGUUUACGUUCCAUGUAAAAUAAUUUUGAUAACGACAAGUUAGAUAGUUAUAUUUACUAAACUCAUAAUGAGAUAGCAAGAUAUGUGUCAAAGAGCUCUGAGGAUUUAUAAGCAGUAUAUAUUAAACUGUUAUGUAGCUCAUGGUUAUCGUUGAAUCAUAAUCUAUACUUAUCCAAGGGGCUCUUAUGCGAUGCGCACCU